AUGGCCACGAGGAACAUCCUCUUGGUCCUUGUGAUCCUUGUCUUGCUCUCCUGCAUUCCGUCAGUUAGAAGUGGACCCAAUGCUUACAUAAGACGAUUCUUUGCUGAAUGUUGGCGUAUGAAAGGUGUUUGCAGGCCGAAAUGUGUAAAGCCUGAAAUUUAUCGUAUUAUUUGUGAUGAUUCACAUGUGUGCUGCGUAAAAGAAAAGGAUUUACCUCCAGUGGUUGGGAAAUAG